AUGGUGGACAUGGACAGCUACGUGCAAGAAUUAGUGGUCGGAACCCAGAUAGCACGUAACUAUGCUGUUGAGAUCAACGAUAGGAUGCGAAAAAGAAUGAAGGUGUACUACGACCGGGAGAAGAAAGCGCACGAAGCACCGGUGAAAAUUGGUGAUCGGGUCUAUGGCCCUACUCGGCAUCGACCAUCCGCUGAACCUACGUCACCAGUGUCAACGUGGCUUGUUCGGGCAGAUGGCACACGUCGCAUUGCCUGGUUUGAAGCAUCCAAUGGCGAGAUCAAAGAAGGUUUUGGACAUGUUUCAGCUAGCUAA